AUGUUUGAAACGGAAGGAAAAAUCAUGUCACGGCUGUCUUUGACCCGGUCUCCAGUGUCUCCUCUGAUUACCCAAGGAAUCCCUCUACCAGCUCAGCUGACCAAAGCCAACGCUCCUGUUCACAUCGAUGUCGGAGGACACAUGUACACCAGCAGUCUGGCAACGCUCACCAAAUAUCCAGACUCAAGAAUCAGCCGGUUGUUCAAUGGCACGGAGCCCAUUGUGUUGGACAGCUUGAAGCAGCACUACUUCAUCGAUCGAGAUGGGGAGAUAUUCCGGUACAUUCUCAGCUUUCUAAGGACCAGCAAACUUCUCCUCCCUGAUGACUUCAAGGACUUCCACCUCCUUUACGAGGAGGCGCGGUACUACCAGCUGGCGCCCAUGAUCAAGGAGCUGGAGCGCUGGAAGCAGGAGCGGGAGCAGAGGAAGCUGUCGCAGCCCUGCGACUGCCUGGUGGUGCGCGUCACGCCCGACCUGGGCGAGAGGAUCGCGCUGAGCGGAGAGAAGGUCCUGAUCGAGGAGAUCUUCCCCGAGACCGGAGACGUCAUGUGCAACUCGGUCAACGCCGGCUGGAACCAGGACCCCACCCACGUCAUCCGCUUCCCGCUCAACGGGUACUGCAGACUCAACUCUGUGCAGGUCCUGGAGCGGCUCUUCCUGAAGGGCUUCAGUGUGGCGGCCUCGUGUGGCGGGGGCGUGGACUCCUCCCAGUUCAGCGAAUACGUGCUCUGCCGCGAGGACCGGCGGUGUCAGCCCUCCAUCAGAAUAAAGCAGGAGCCCCUGGACUGA